AUGACCCGGGUAGCGCUAUUGUCAUUUCUUGUGGCGCUAGUCGCGGCGGAGAAGUUUGGCGCCGAACCGAAACGGGACUACACGGGGUACUGUAGCUUUUGAAAGCAGAUUACGGUAGAUUUCUCGCCUAGGUACAAGUUGAUACGGAUCAAGUCGCCUGAGGCCGAUGCCUUGCUCGAGAAGAUUGAGAACUUCAACUAUGAGGUGGAUUUUUCGCCUUUUUUCAAUUUUCCAAGGUGAAAAUUCAGAUCGGCGACAAGGAACGUCUUCUGGUCGACGUCUGGCUGGAGCCGUCCAAACAGAACCCCUACGCGGAGAUCCUGGUCGCCCCGGAGUUUCUACAACGGCUUCUGACCGAGUUCAAGGAGUUCAUCGACAUCGAACACACUGUCGUUGAACACGACGUUCAGAGGUUCAUUGGUCCGAAAAUCCGGAAAAUCUUGAAUAAAAAGGUUCCAAAAAAGCACAGGAGUACUUUUUCGAAUAAUUCCACUUUCCCGCUUUUCUCAGGAACUUCAGAGUGGCUCCUAUAGGGGCAAACAUUUAGAGAUUCCCCUCUAGUGACCACUUGAAUGUAAAAAUAUUGACAGAGGUCGAAUUGAUCAAGUUCGUCUUCUCAAUUUCAAACUGGAACGAGGAAUUAAAAGACCCCUAUAGGGACUACUCAAGGUUCAGGGGCUUUAACGUCAGACCGUAAUUGGUAAAAUCCUAUAAGGACCACUUGAUUCUUCCGUAAAUAUCUAUAAUAGCCACUUGAAUUUUUCCUUAAACCCCUAUAAGGACCACUUGAAUUUUUCGGUAAACCCCUAAAAAGACCAAUUGAACUUUUGAUAAACCCUUAUAAGGACCACUUGAAUUUUACCCCUAUAGGGGGCACUUUUUCAUCAUAUGUAGGGGUUGUGUUCCCCCUCAAUCCCCUAUAGGGACCACUCUGGCAAUCCUGAGCUCUUCAUCGAGCUGUUAAAAAACUGUCAAAAAAGGUAGAAAAUGCCAAAAGCCGCGUCGCGUACGCAACGCUUCACUAUUGUGUCAAUUAAUCCAUUUCGCCUUCCAAGUCGAGAAGGAUUGACUGUAAAAAAAAGACUGAAAUACAGAAUUCAAGAGGGACUUGCAGAAAAAUCACGGAAGAACGAGAACAACUCGGACUGGACAAACGACGAUACAAAAGAUCUCUCAGAAAUUGGCAAUCCUUCAACGAAAGCGCCUAUCAUUCUUAUCAGGAGGUGAAUAUUUUGGCCUUUUUUUCGGUUUAAGCAGUAGUAGAAAAAAAAGAGUAUUACUGUAGCCCAUUUUCGUUCAUACACAGUCACGAUAUCCUUACCACACUGCCAAAGUCGAAAGUGCGAAAAAUGGGUGCAAAAUGGCCGCUAAACGGGUUCCGUUUUGCGGCCUUUAUUGAGCCUUUCUUUCUUGGUUAACCCACCCCUAUAGUGGCCACUAUUUUCCGUUUUAGUGGCCACUAUAGAGGUUCUCUGUUUAGUGGCCACUUAAGUAGUUUUUCAUCCAGUAUUCUUUCCAGUAACUCUGAUAAUUUCAUAACAAACAGAUUGGGCCAGUUAUGUUGUUCCAUCGACCCCUAAAGUGGCCACUAAAAUUUUUAGUGGUCUAGUAGUAGCUCUUAGACCUUUAUAGUGGCUACAAGAUUUUAACCCCUUAAGUGGCCACUAAUUUGACUACUUUAGUGGCCAUUAAAACGUCAAAACCCUGGAGUGGCCACUAAAAAUUUUCCCAGAAUUUUGUGUUUAUCAAAAAGGUCCAAAAAGGGUGGAAAAAGGCCGAUGAAAGGACGGAAAAGGGCAGUAAAAAGGAAACCUUUUGCACCCAUAACGGACCCUCAAAGGACCCGUAAAUGGUCCUUCCGACUUUGCCUAUGCCAGGUUGCCCUUAGUUUUCAUUUUUUUUUUUUGAAAUUCAAGCUUUUGACCUUCCUGUCAAUUUUCGAAACAGUUUCAAAAAACUAAACUAUCCUUUUUUCAUCAUAAAUCCCUUCCAGAUGGUCGAUUUUAUGCGUGUCUUGUCCCAACAGCGGCCUGACAUGGUCACCUUCUUGAACAUCUCCAAAUCUUUCGAAGGAAGGCAGAUUUAUGGGGUCAAGGUAGUUCUCAACAACCUUGAGUGAUUUUGAAAUGGAACUUUAAAGAUCCAUUCGCGAGCCGGCGCCCCGAUGCCGGAGAAACCUUCGAUAAUCGUCGACGCCGGCGUUCAUGCCAGGGAAUGGAUCGCCCCGGCCGUCGCCCUCUACAUGAUCAAGAAGGUUUUCAUCUUUCAGCAACACUAG